AUGUCAGUACCCGAGCACAACUCGAGCAACCCUCAGCCUCCAGAUGUCUCCUUGUGUUUACAAACUUCUCCUCAUGCUAGGGCGAAGCGGAAAAUUGCCACCCUCAUGGAGGAUAUCAAAAUUUUGAAGCAGGACAAGACGACAAAGAACAGGAAGACGACUUAUUAUGUGUCACAGGGACGAGCAAUUCGUCGUAUGGUCAUCCUUUACACUCCAAUAGAGGACCUGAUCGCUGAAAAUGAUCGGCGUUGUGAAGAGAGAGACAGCAGCUCCACUACAGAAGAAGACUGCCUUCAACGUGGCUAUAUUGAACUCGCGAAGGUACUGCCAUGGCUUCACGAGACGCUGGCAAAACUUGACCACGAGGAGAUAGAAGAUAUGCUCAGGAAGCUCAAGCGAGGUGCGGACUCAGCUCAUGGCAACAACACUGGAACCCUCAAAGAUCUCAUGGCUUCAUGGGUGAAUGUGGAGUAUCGUCCAACUCCGCUCAUCAGGACCGACGAUAAGUACCAUCGAGGCUUCGUCAGUGAUGUGUGCGGUAAGCUACUCUGCCCAGUGGAAUGGUGCUGGGAUGACCCACUCGUCAGGGCUGGAAUUCGUGACCGCACAAUUGCUUUCAUUGUAUCCGAGAAUUUGUGGCUGUCGUUCAUGUAUGAAAAUUAUGAAGCGGACGCCAAGAGUCUGGAGCGUGGUCUGAUGAAGUUGAAGCUAUUAGUUAUGGGGUUCAAGGCGAUAUUUACUUCUCCUUCCUCAGCCAACGAAGUGGAUCGUGAAGGGGAUAGCACCGACAUUCUUGAGAACAACCAGCGCCCGGGGAGACGAUCAGAUCAAGCCAAGGUAAAGACUUGCGUGGCCUCCAUCAUAGGUAUGAGAAAGGUUACACCUCGCGCAAUCGCGUACACUGCUUGCCAAAUCCGAUUUGCACUUUCCUGCAUCACCUCCUGGCGCACUGUGGAUGGAGACUUUGACUAUCAGCUUUUCUGGAAUAAUAUCGUAGAUUUCUUUGAGGAUGCCCCGGGUCCAGCUGCGCAAGUCAGGCUGAACGGGCUUCUUGAGUGGUGGACCAGAAAAGUUUUCGGAAGAAACCAUUGGCAGGACUUGACGCCGGACGUUAUUUCCAAAAUGUCCGUCAAUGUUCUCACUUCCCAGAGACAGCAGAUGGAAGACACCGUGUUUGAUUCUGACUAG